AUGCCCAGGAUAGUAGGAAUACAACUACAAAGAACAAAUGUUGAGGAAAGCACACUAGAAGAAUACUAUAGAAGAUCUAUUUUUGUGCCGUAUAUAGACGAUUUUAUCUGUUCUUUAGAUGAAAGAUUUACAGAACAUAAAACAGUAAUAUCUUCUUUGCAAAAGGUGGUACCAAAAUUUGCUAAAUCAUUACCAUUUGUCUCUAUAAAACCUGCUUUGGAGUUUUACAAAAAAGAUUUGAAUACCAAUAUUUUUUCAGCGUUAGAGGGAGAGUGGGACAUGUGGAAAGUGAAGUGGCAAAAUGAAACGGACGUACCAGAAUAUGCUCUGGACACCUAG